GGCGGCGGCUGCUGGUGGCUUGGGUCUCGGGACGCGGGGGCUGCGGAGCGACAUCGGGGCCCGGACGGCGCCGUCCGGCUGCAGGCGCCAUGGAGCCGGGCAGCGUGGAGAACCUGUCCGUGGUGUACCAGAGCCGCGACUUCCUGGUGGUGAACAAGCGCUGGGACCUGCGCAUCGACAGCCGGACCUGGCGGGAGACGCCGACCCUGCAGGAGCAGCUGCGGCACCGCUUCCCCGAGCUGGCCGACCCCGACACCUGCUACGGGUUCAGGCUCUGCCACCAGCUGGACUUCUCCACCAGCGGGGCGCUGUGCGUGGCCCUGAACAAGGCGGCCGCCGGCAGCGCCUACAGGUGCUUCAAGGAGCGGCGCGUCACCAAAGCUUACCUGGCUCUGGUGCGGGGCCACGUCCAGGAGCGCCGGGUGACCAUCAGCCACGCCGUCGGCAGGAACAGCACGGAGGGCCGGGCCCACACCAUGUGCAUCGAGGGCACACAGGGGUGCGAGAACCCCAAGCCGAGCCUCACGGAGCUGGUGGUGCUGGAACACGGGUCGUACCGGGGGGACCCCGUCUCCAAAGUGCUGCUGAAGCCACUGACAGGCCGGACGCACCAGCUGCGGGUGCACUGCAGCGCCCUGGGCCACCCCAUCGUGGGGGACCUGACCUACGGGCUGGCCUCGGGCCGGGAGGACCAGCCCUUCCGCAUGAUGCUGCACGCCUUCUACCUGCGCAUCCCCACGCGGGCCGAGCGCGUGGAGGCCUGCACGCCGGACCCCUUCCUGCCCACCCUCGACGCCUGCUGGAGCCCCCACACCCUGCUGCAGCCCCUCGACCAGCUCGCCCAGGCCCUGCAGGCCGCCCCCGACCCUGAGCCUACAGACAGGGCCCCCCAAUCCUGCAGCCCCUCGGGACCCCUGCCUGGGCCGGGUCGGCCCCCACCGCCCCCAGAGACUGAGGCACAGCGGGCCUCCUGCCUGCAGUGGCUGUCAGAGUGGUCGCUGGAGCCAGGCCACUGAGCC